AUGGGUUUCGUCGUACCGAGAGCCGUGAGAUAUUUCGACGACAUGAGGGACAUUCUGAGCAUCGGCGGGGAACCCGUUUUCCACGAUCGCAUCGUGAAGAUCGAAAGUCACACGUACAAUCCGUACGCCAACACCACCUUCGGAUACUGCGACGGGAUACGAAUACCCAUACAACAGCAGGACCUAUACACGCUGCCGUGCGAGAGUUUUUUCUACGUCGAAGGUAGACUACAGAUGAGGAAUAAUCCGCCGCCGCCCGCGUCGAGCGGCGAAUCAGGUAAGCCGGGUUCAGCCUCUAAGGAGCCGUCCGUGCCCUCGACACCGACGUGGCUCGUGAACAACUGCGUCGCCUUUAUAUUCGAGGAGGUACGUUACGAGCUCGAUGGCGUGGAGAUCGAUCGCAAUCGCAACGUCGGAAUAACGAGCACGAUCAAGAACUACGUAUUGUUGACGGUCGAACGAGGUAAGAUCUUGAAGAACGCCGGAUGGGAUUUCGUGACUGGACCGAGCAACGUCGCGUCGACGGGCGACUUCAACUUCUGCGUUCCUCUCGACACGCUGCUAGGUUUCUGUGAGGAUUACAGGCGCGUCGUCAUCAACACGCGUCACGAGCUGAUUCUGAUAAGAGCGCGAAACGACAACAAUUGUCUGAUAUCGCGCGAGGAAUACGAGCCGAGAGUCGAGCUCACGAAGAUACAGUGGCGCGUGCCGCAUGUGGUGUUGAAUGACGUCAAUAAAUUAUCGCUGUUGCGCACGUUGGACAGCGGCCGAUAUCUGAGCGCGCCCUUUCGCUCGUGGGAUCUCUACGAGUUUCCGCUCCUGCAGAGCACGACUAAACACUCGUGGGCCGUAAAAGCGGCCACGCAGCUCGAGAAACCGCAUUACGUCAUCUUCGCGUUGCAGACCGGAAGGAAGAACGUCCUGUCGCAGGACGCUUCCAGAUUCGACGCGUGCAAUCUGACCAACGUAAAGUUGUAUCUCAAUUCCGACUUUUAUCCGUACGAUGAUAUGAAUUUGGACUUCGAUAAGAACAAGAUCGCCAUACUGUACGCCGCCUACGUUAGAUUUCGACGAACGUAUUACGGAUCCGCGAGCGACGAGACGCUCCUGACUAUGAACAAAUUUCUAUACUGCGGCCGGCUCGUAGUGAUAGAUUGUUCCCGUCAAAACGAAGCGGUUAAGAGCGCAACUGUGGACGUUCGUCUGAAAUUCGACUGCAAGGACAACGUUCCUUCUAACACCACGGCGUACUGUCUAAUCAUUCACGAUUGCGUGGUGGAGUACAAUCCGCUGACGAACAUCGUGCGUAAGAUCCUGUAA